UUCAAUGUCAAUGAUCGCCGACAAGGGAAGCAUUCACGGCGCGUUUUCUUCACUGCCGGAGUGCGGAUCUCGGAUUUGCAACUACACCUCCUCCACCACACUAAAAUGCACCAUAUCCUUCCCUUCUCCACAUUCCUUCAUCACAUUUCCAACACGACAACACAAUGACCGAAUACCGCCCCACGCCCCUCUUCGGCGGCGCGAUAACCACCUCCCUCCCCUCAACCUUCGCAGACGUAAGCGAAAUCCGCCAAGUGCCCGACAACCAAGAAGUCUACCUCGACCCGCACGGCACGACGAGCAUCCUCUUCGACAUUCUGGAGCGAGUGGAGAAACCUGACGUCGAGGCGCUGCAUUUCCACCUUGAGGAUAUUGUCGAUGACGAUGCGCGGGUGAAGGUGUGGGGGAGUGGGACGGUGCAUUUGGCUAAGAUCCCGCGAGAUGUACAGGCGUACGCUUUACUAGCUACCUCCCCUACUGCCGGGAACAGCAGCAGCAGCAACGCAGCGCAACGCAGCGAAGCCGAUUUCGUCGGCAUCUUGCUUACCAUGGUUCGACUCGAGGAGCAGAAAACAGACUUGCUUAUUGUUAUCAACGUCCCCCAUCUCGAAGCGGACGGGUACAAGCCUAGCGAUGUGGAUUUGGAGAGGGGUAGGUAUGGGCCGCUGCUGGAGCGGGCGAUGGAAUUUCGGGCGAAGAUUUGGGAGACGUUGGAUGUUAAGGAUUGGGGGUUAUUUGGGGAGGGGUGAAUGUAGAGUCUAGAACUGGCUUUUUGCUUGCGGGCUAAUGAAAGAUGGAUAGCGAA